UUUGCAAUUGCAAAAAGUUUGCUUCUUCCAAGUUCCCUUCCUUCUAAUUACUCAUUAACCACCUUGUUUUUAUCACCUUAAUCCCCUAAUUCCUCAAAAUCCUUGCUUUUGAAGCUUUCGUUUUGCGCCUUCCAAUGGCUGAUCUCAGCCCCAGGUCUGAGAUCUCCUUCUUGCAAACUUUCCUCUGCAGUGCUUUCGCUGCCUGCUUCGCUGAGGUGUGUGCAUAAAAAUCAAAGCUUGGUGUAUAACGGUGUCUGCAUGAAUAUUGUGCAGUUUUGUACCAUACCUUUAGACACUGCUAAAGUCAGGCUCCAGCUACAAAAGAAAGCAGUCCCGGGGGAUGGAGCUGGCACACCAAAGUAUAGGGGCCUAUUGGGUACUAUGGCUACAAUCGCUAGGGAAGAAGGCUUAGCAGCACUUUGGAAUGGCAUAAUUCCAGGAUUACAGCGCCAAUGUGUUUACGGAGGUUUGAGAAUUGGAUUAUAUGAUCCUGUCAAAAUUUUCCUUGUUGGCAGUGCUUUUAUUGGAGAUUUUCCUCUAUUCCACAAAAUACUUGCAGCUUUAUUGACUGGUGCUCUGGCAAUCAUAGUGGCUAAUCCAACCGACCUUGUGAAGGUUCGACUUCAAGCUGAAGGAAAAUUACCAGCUGGAGUUCCUAAGCGAUAUACUGGAUCCUUAGAUGCUUAUUCCACUAUAGUGAGACAGGAAGGAUUAGGGGCCCUCUGGACUGGGCUGGGGCCAAAUGUAGCACGGAAUGCUAUUAUAAAUGCUGCUGAACUAGCCAGUUAUGAUCAAGUGAAGGAGACAAUUUUGAAAAUUCCAGGGUCCACAGACAAUAUUUUAACUCAUCUCCUAGCUGGUCUGGGUGCCGGCUUCUUUGCAGUUUCUAUUGGCUCUCCUGUUGACGUGGUGAAAUCUCGAAUGAUGGGAGAUUCAACUUACAAAAACACCUUUGAUUGCUUUGUCAAAACUUUGAAGUACGAGGGAUUUUUGGCCUUCUAUAAAGGGUUCCUCCCAAACUUCGGUCGGCUAGGAUCUUGGAAUGUGGUUAUGUUUCUAAUGCUAGAGCAAGCGAAGAACGUUUUCCGGGUAUGAAUAUGCUCGUCUGAUUUCAGUCACCACAAAGCUCGAAGACACAGCUUUUGCUUUGGAAUGGCCCUCUUCGAUUGUUAAAGAUUCAUUUUUCCCCCCAAAUUUCUUCUAGGCAUAAAAUCCUUAUAUUUUUGUAUGAUUGGAGAGUUCGAAAGGGAGAGUCAUAUCAUUGUACCCUUCUUCCUUCGGCUAUACUGGACAAUUAUAUAAAAGGCGAUCUCAAGCUAAUAAGGCUCCCCACUUUGCGAGUGUCGGAGGAGGAAUAUCUAUUGUACGCAGUCUUACCCUUGUUUUGCAAAAA